AAUGGUGUACCUUAGCUAGGUGAGAUAUGUAGUAGCCUCACUGCUUACUCCCGAUAUUUAUAAAUACUUUAGUAAUUUCCAAGAUCCACUUCAAUUUAUAUACGGGUGCUUUAUGUUCUUCGAUCUCUUAGUUAUCUUAGACAUUAUUACAAACACUGAUACUAUAUAGGCUGCUACAUUUCUUUUAAGAGUAUUACGUAUCCUAAACAUACUUAAUUAAAUUCUAAAAGCUGCCCUGACUAUCAAAUUUAAGAAGUUUAUCUAAUAAUCUCCCCCAUCUUCAUAAGUAAUUAAACAAUUUGAAGUAUCACCCCCAUAAUCCAUGAUUACUACUAAAGCUAACUCACAUGAAGAAGAAGUACAAAUACACAAACCAUUAAAAAUAAUAUCACAUCCAUGUCUCUAUUAAUUCAAUUUUAGAACUUCCAAAAAUUCAGUUAUAACCAUUAAUACCCAUGAUAUUACUCAAUUAGAUUCUCUACUUGAUCAUCAAUUAUGUCUUGACAAAAGAACCUUGCUUACCAUCAAAUUAAAUCUCUGUCUUAAGGCAUAUCAUCAAAAAAAUAUUAAAAAAAUAUCCACAUCUUAAAUUCUACUUAAUCAAAUUGCCAAAUAUUAGGCUGAGUUAAUUCUUACACAUUCAUGAUUUACUUAAACAUACC